AUGAGGUUUUCUCAAGCCAUGUCAAAGGCAGCUUCAACAGUAGGACAAUAUGCUGGCAGAUACAUCUAUCCCGCAGAAACCUCUCGUCAUCUCGCUACCCUUCUGGGCUUCCCAUCGAGACACUCGAUCGCUUCAGCCUACUAUGACAGCGCAUGUACCGAUAUAGCCAAUCUCGCCUCUGCAAUCUCAGCGUUUGAGCCUGUUCGGCUGUACUCCCGACCUGAGGACCUCCCCAAAGCUCAGUCGAUGGUCAACCAGGCCAUUCCCAGGUAUACCGGCAACGCCGCGAAUAUCUCCUUCAUUCCGCUUGCAACAAAUCAUCUCUGGGUUCGGGAUACCGGACCUGUAUAUGUGCUCGGCACUGGAGAUGCCCGCUCACGCCGGUUCGCCAUCAACUUUCGCUUCCGCGAGUGGGGAAAGAGGGACGACAUGGAGAACCAAGACCGCGCGCCCGAUGGGCUGGACUGGCCUAUCAUGAACACUGAGCAAUUGGACGAGAACGCCACCUUUGCCAGGAGAGUUAUAGAGACUGAUGUCUUUCCUGCUCCGGUGACACUCGUCGAGUCCAAAGUCUGUCUGGAAGGCGGCGCAUUAGUCGUGGACGGGGAGGGUACCCUCCUAGCCACAGAAAGCAGUAUCAUCAACGACGACCGCAAUGCAGGCCUCUCGCGGAGCGAGAUCGAAGCAGAGCUACAACGUUUGCUGGGGGUGGAGAAAAUCAUCUGGUUCCCUGGCCGGAAAGGUCUCGAUAUUACCGAUGUGCAUGUCGAUGCUGAGGUGAGCUUUAUCCGGCCAGGUGUGGUUGUUCUCUCGAGGCCCCAUGCGAGUGUGCCUCGGCCCUGGCUUGAUGUUUACGAGGAAAUCCGAGAGAUUCUCACUCAGUCAGUGGACGCAAAGGGCCGUCCGUUUGAGAUUCAUACGGUGGACGAGCCGGACCCUGCUCUUCUCGGGCAUUCGUCCUAUGACGAACCGGCGACUAACUACGUGAACUUUUACUUUGUCAAUGGCGGCUUGAUCCUGCCUCAGUUCGGCGAUGAAGUGAGAGAUCGGGCGGCUGUGGAGACAUUUCAGAAGCUAUGUCCUGGCCGAGUGAUACGGCCUGUGUAUGUGCAUGCGCUUCCAUUAGCUGGUGGUGUGAUUCAUUGUGCGACUCAGCCUGUUAUUGCUGUGCAGGAGGACUAA